UAUUUGAUGGAUGAAGAUAUACAACUCCCGGCGACAGCAGUGUUGCAUAUUUCACAUGGAGACAAAUUGUCUUUGUUGAUUGUGAUUUUUAUUUUUGAUCUUUCUUGACCCGUCUGUCUUUUGGUCUUUAGGAGGGAUCCAGAAUACUACAAAGGUGAAGACAUGCGCCAUACCAGCUCAGUGUCUCAGUGGAUCUUUUAACACUGGAAUCUCUAUGACAACUGUUGAGACCCAAUGCUGUGAAUCCGACCUGUGCAACAGUCAAGAACCACCAGCAUUACCAGAAUCCAGCACCAAUGGAAAAAAGUGUUUCACCUGUGCAGCUGAUGAUAACUGCACAAGUACUUUGGAGUGCAAGGGAAGUGAAGAUCGCUGCUUUAUGGUCACAUUGCCUGCAGUUGGGAUGGUGAAGGGAUGCGUUUCCCAAAGUCUCUGUUCUGGAUCCCUGAUUGCGGCGGCCAUUGGGGACUGCUGUGAGGGAAACUUGUGCAACAACGCCCUGCGCAUCGGACAGAGCAUCCUCUUCCUCCUCCUGGUGCCUCUGGCCUCCUUCUUCCUCUUCAACUAAGCAGCACUGUGACCUGCACAGCCACCCUAACCCUCCUCGACUACUCGAGGAUGGUGCAAAUAAAAUAAAUUCAUACACUGUUGGUUAAACUUGUUCAAUUUGAUUACAACAUUUUUUCUAAUCAAAUACUUUUCCUGGUUUUAUCAUUCCACUUCUCUGCCUUUAACUAAAUAUUCAGAAAACAUUUAAUGUUGUUUACAUUAUAGGUAACACAAAUUAGUUUGCGCAGACAGGGAUGUAAACUGCAAUUCGACUGCUUAGCAGAGGCAUACGACCGCGAGACGAUUAAUUUGCUCUUUGAAAUAAAAAUUAGUAAAAUGUAAAAAAAGUAAAAUGCCUCCUUGUGUCAUGUAGAAUCACAUUAAAGAAUUGCAUAAGGGACACCUCAGUGAUCCACGUUAUAACCUACAUUGUUUGAACAUAUAGCCUACAGUGUUAUUGAUAUGCAUUAUGCAUAUUCAAAACACACUAC